AUGGAAACGUUUGGCACGGAGAGAAAGUUCGCUUGGGACCACGCCCGCACCAUGCGGAUGGGGAUAACUGGCGCGUUCUUCGUGACGCCCGCGAGCUUCGCGUGGAACAUGUACGCCGAGCGCCUGGCCCCGGGGCGAUCGCUCCGGGCGGUGGUGACGAAGCUCGGGGUGUCCGUGGCGGUGCUUCCGCCGAUGCUGGCCGCCCAGUUCGCGUCCCUGACGCUGCUGGAGGAGGGGAAGACGAUGGGGGACGUGCGCACCAAGCUGUCAAGAGACUUCACGCCGACGCUGAAGAACGCGAUCCUCUUCUGGCCGGUGGUGAGCGUGAUAAACUCGGCCUUCGUCCCGGUGCUCAGCCGGCCGGUCUUCAGCAGCUUCGUGGGCGUGUUCUGGAACGUGUACAUCUCGUACCAGGCGAACCACAACGGCAUGGAGGUCGGCGAGCUGUCGGUCGUGUACCCUACCGAGCAGAAGGAGGAGGAGGAGGCGGCUAGCCGCCAAGAUGCGGCGACGUUGGGACGCGCGGUGGUUGUGGGCUCGGCGGCGGUAGCGUUGGCGGAGAAGGCGGCCGAGAAGCAGGCUGUAGCCGCCGCCACGGCCGCUGUUUUGGCGGGCGAGAAAGCGGCGGGGGUUAGCGUAGGAGGCUCGGCAAUUGCUGCUGCGACGGGGGCGGGGGAGACAGCCGGAGGCGAGGAGGGGGUUCCUGCGGAGCCAGCCAGGAAAAAGCGGGGAAGAUUCGUGAGGAGAACCUCGGUGGUGUCCAUGUGAUGGCGCUCCUUCCCGCGCGCGUGCGUCCACUUGGCAGUUGUGCGGUGCGUUUUUGGAGCAACGAGGAAUGUAGAAAUAUAUAGAAGUGGUAGCGAAAGGGACCUGCAAUUCCGAAACGUCACAUUUCGAGUCGAGGCUGAUAUGGGUUCGUAGUUCUUCGUACCCGUCAGGCACAGGAGGUUGUUAUGUAGAGUGUAGUGUAAGAUCCACCGCUGAGCUGUGUUUCUUGACCCUAUUUUUCUGCCUUUCGCGAACUUUUGAGCCUCUAUUUCUUAAGUAAGAAACGGGAUGGUUCUUGAGUGCUGCUGGCGGAGCCCGUUCUAUAUUUUGGUGUGUGGGGUGUCGCACGUCCCUUUCCCUCGCGAAAGAUGUUGAUGUGUGUGAAAUUGUGUGUCGCUUUCGUCACUAAGGUUACCGCUAGACUGCUGUUGCGUGUGAUUAUGUUUGUAUCUUUGCAGUCGGCGUGAUGUCUCUUCGAUGUUUAUUAGAACUCGGUCUAUAGGCUAUGAUAUUCGGGUCUUGCUGGUACACACCACCGUACGGAGCCCUCGAUACCAAAGGUAGAGUAUUCAUUGCGAAAAGGUUAGAAACGGGGAGAGGAGUACGAAGAGUAGACAGCGGUGUACAAACAGACGUUUGCAGGGCAAGAGACGCGCCGGUAGCAGCAGUGAACCCUGCUGGCUAGCAUCGGGUGAAAUUGACGCAUCUACAAACUUUGCGGCGAAACCUCCCAGCCGUCGCUAGACGAUGUGACACGUUGAUUCAACAAGAGGAAUGAGUUCUUGGCAGGGCCAGGCGUUGCGUGGUAUGUUGUAUUGCUUGGACGUGCUUUCGUGUGGUAGCCGCCGAGGGUUGGGGUAGAAGGAGAACGGGGUUAGUUGUGAGGGCCGGAGUCAGAGGGGUUGCAUGCGAAGCGCCUCGUAGAUGCUCUUUACCUUCUUGUCUACCGCCGCAGGCCAGCGGGUCUGGUCUCGUAGUAGAAUUGAAGCGUUUUUUUUUUUUAACGUUGUACAAGAGGACCCGCUCUCGGUGGUCCGCGGGUAGCCAUGUCCCAUCGUACGCCUGUGUGGCUUUGACAGCGCGCCGCAAACGCUGCGCGCCAGCUUCGGAUACCGGUUGUACCCGACACACGUUGCUGCAAGCAGCACUGGUGGUGGGGGUGUGGUACUGGCCGAAAAGCGGUUGUUCAUGAUUCCGGGUGUUGCCGCCGGGGGAGCAGAUGAUGUAGAAAAACAUGUUUUGUGUCUCGCCUUGACGGUUGUACUGAGCUUGACGACGAUGUGUCGUGGGGGAGAAGAGCGCGCGGCGGUCGUAGCCGUGGAAGCUGACUUGAGGGUAAGGAAGCGAAGGGGGGGGCUGUUUAGCUACUCGCGCUGCUACAGAGGUGGCAGCGGCUACCCGUGUUUCAACUCUUUUUUCAUGACAUGAUGAUGGG